AUGAUAACACAAGAUGCUAGCAGCGCGUACGAUCCGGAUCCAAAUUUCGAUGACAGAUGGAGUGACGACAGUUCUACCUCAAGUGAUGAGGGCGGCACGUUGAGCUUGGCUCACGAGACGGAAACGAGGCUUGAUAUGAUAAAAAGCUGGAUAAAAGCAUGUGACGAGAACCACGGCUUACAGUGUUGCACACCAAAAGCCGACGCAAGCAUAUGGCCUAUGUGGGUCAUCGACGUCGUGGACGAAUGCAUAGUUGAAGGUGACAUUGCCGACCGUUAUCUUACACUGAGCUAUGUGUGGGGUGGAGUGCAAACGUUGCAAGCGACCACUACAAACUUCGAGAAACUCAAACGGCCUGGAAGUCUCGGCAGGGACGAAGUGGUUCUGCCCAAGACAAUACGACAGGCUAUAGAUGUCACCAGGUUGCUUGGAGAACGAUACAUCUGGAUUGACCAGCUAUCGAUUCUUCAAGAUGACUGCGAACACAAGCAUUCUCAAAUCAAGCAUAUGGCCGAGAUCUAUGCAAAUUCGUACCUGACACUCGUUGCUGCCACGGGUGAUACAGCGGACUUUGGCCUGGUUGACGACAUCGAUCAGAUGUUGAACGAAACUCCCCAGAACAACGGUAUAAACGAUGAACUUUAUACAAGGAUGUUCUUGAAAAAUCGGAGUCCGUGGAACCGUCGAGGGUGGACUUUCCAAGAAAGUGUAUUUUCGCGGCGCAAUUUAUUCGUUCUUGACCUUGCAAUUGGGUAUGGCGAAGAUCCUGAAGCAUGUCCCAAGUCUUUAUAUUGGGUAUGCCAACAAACAUGGUGGUAUGAUUGGCACCCUGCCGCAGCAACAAAAUUACACAGAUCGCUCUACAAGCCUAUGGACCACCAAUCACUUAGCAUAAAGUACCAGGCAAGUUGGCCUGACUUCCGCCGUUACCUAGAACUUUGUCAGUCAUAUUCACCAAGACAUUUCACCUAUGAUUCCGAUGUCUUUCUAGCAUUUACAGGUGCCGCCACUCUACUUGAAAAGUCGUUCCUCGGUGGCAUACUAUACGGCCUUCCUGUACUGUUCUUUGAUAUCGCGCUCUUAUGGAGCCAUUUUGGGAUUGCAUCAAAAAGAAAGUGGGAUGCGACCCACGAUGAAAGCAGUCAACCUCCAAGUUGGUCCUGGAUGAGCUGGCACGGAGAACUGUUGAGUUUGUACUGGAAGUUUGCUUAUGAGGGAAUAGCGUACGAGAAGAGACCAUCAACGCUUGUCAUUACCCCACUUGUCCAAUGGUACUUCACCGGCGUGGGAGGCGCACAGAUCGCGAUCACGAAUGAAUAUCACAAGUACAAUCAUCUCGCACAAGACGACAAAAGUACACCCCCUGCCGGAUGGAGCCGGACUAAAUCCUCCUUAGGCAAUUCUGGUAUGCACGGAGAGAAUGUCUACUUCACACACAACGCCCCUGGGAUGAAAUUCCGUUUUCCGAUCCCACUCGUGGAUCCGUCAUACUCGGAAGUAACGAUGCCUGUGCCUGUUACGAAUCGAAUCACAUGUCAGACUGAGCGCGCCUUCUUCUACCUCGCAAAAUCAGAGCACCAAUACACUCCGAGACCUCGUUCGCUCGUCUUUGACGCUGUGGGUUCCUAUUCGGGUUUCAUAACCCUGCCUGGAGACUGGCAUACAUCAUAUUUCGAAACAGAAACAAGGAUUGAAUUGAUAGCGAUUUCGACGGGCAGUGUAGCGGGACAUGACCUCCGGUAUAAAUUUGAUGCUCCAGAGCAGUUUCACGAACUUGGCAGUAUAUGGAAAUUCUACAACGUCUUAUGGAUUGAUUGGACUGACGGUGUCGCCUACAGAAAAGCCGUUGGUCAAAUCACGAAAGCAAUAUGGGAAGCAGCUGAUCGGGAGCUCAUCGAUGUGGUACUUGGUUAA